AUGACAUUUGCUGGAGGAUUUUGCAUUCGCAAAGAUUUUCAUGCUCACAUGGGGCUAGCCAACGGUUUAUGCGAUCAUGUAGCUAACAAUUGCAAGAUUUUGAUUGACAAUCACGCAAGUAUUAUCGGGUCGAUUUUGCAGGAAUUUGCACAUAUCCCUGUACAAAAUAUCAUUGCUCUCACCCGCCUUAUGGGGAUACACCCAUCUAUCCUAUACAUUGAUAUCAAUCACGCGGUGUUUCAAGACGCAGCUGGUGUACACGUGCCUGUGCGUGAAUGCGUUGUUGACAAUAGAUGGAUAAAGGGUAGGCAUAUUUCCAUGGGAGUGUUCUCCGAUGGAUCGUACAAUGUACCCAUUGACAUUGUGUUCAUUCCCAGUAACGUGCUAGCUGGACAAUGGACCAUCAGGCCAGGCUUUGAUGUAGGUCCUGAGAUUGAGGAUUUCCAAGAACAGAGCUUCGACAAGGCAAUACGGGCUGCUCCUGAUUGGCAAGCUGAUGCGUAG